GGCGUAGUUUUGUUUGCUGCGUUCUCCACUGCCAGCUUUGCACGUGUGGCUUGCAAAUUCGUGUGUCACAAGUUUGGAAUGCCCAGCCGUCGGGCGCCGUCAGCAGGACCACGCCUUACGUCGGUGCCCUUGGUGGAUUUUCUUGCGAAAACGCGCAGUCAGGUGCGCGUCUGCCCGACUCCUGAUGGCGCUGCGGAGCUCCCCGACCGGCGACGCGAUUGCUGAGGGUGGCACUGCAUAGUUCGAGUACCCUCUUCAAGUCUCACCAUUGACACGUCGCACGCCUUCGACACCGCAAUGGUCCCACUGGUGACAGUGAUUUCAUUCCUGGCGGCCGUCGUCACGGCUACAGAAAGCUAUGGACUACAGAGGAUGCCAGAGCGGCGCGUGCGCAGGACCGUGGACGCCCUGUGCGGCAGCGAGCGGUUCGUGAACGCGGUGGUGCGCACCCUGAUGGACGAGUCCCGGCCGCUGCUCUCGGCCACCGAGCCGCUGCUGCUGGGCGACGGGCCCGAGUACGGCGGCGUGCGGCUGCGGCGGGGACAGCUGUGGGGCGCCGCCACGGUGCACAUGCGAGAGCCCCUGCUGCUUCGCUGCGACCCGCUGCGCGUGGCCGUCGCCGUGCACGUGGCGCUCAACAACAGCCAGCUCGCCUACGACUGGGAGGCGGACACCAACACGCUCCUCGGCUCUCGGGGGACGGCGUCAGUGUUCGCGCGGCACAUGUCUCUCAAGGCGGGGGUGCUGCUGCCGCGCAAGGUGGCCGGUGCUUUGUCACCCAUCCGCGUGACGGCAGUGCGCAUCACCGAGCUGAUUGGCGCUGACGUCACGGUGAGCGGGCCAUGGCCGUUCGCGGCGCUCAUGUCGGCAGCGGCCAACCUACUGCUCAAGAGCUUCCCGGACCAAGUGAGGGCGCUCAUGGCGGAUCCCCUGCGAGACGGCCUCCAGCGCUACCUGGACGAGAACUUAGCCUAGCAGCCACUGCACAUCCCGGCCCCUGUCAAAUUGUUACAAAACCCAUUAUACAGUUGAACCCGGAUAUAUCGACUCUGAAGGGGGUCACAAUAAAGUUCGAUGUAUAGGUAAUUCGAUAUAUAAAAUAAAACUUUCAUACAAAAGUUUUCAAGGGGAUUUUACUGUUUUUUGUUAUACACAUUAAUUCGUUAUAUGUGGGUUCGAUAUAUCCGUGUUUGACUGUAGAAGUUCUGUUGUGUUUCUGUCGACUUUCUGUUGCCUUCAGUCGAAUGUCUGCAUGUUUAGAUGCACUUGAAUAUCGUUCGUUAUUUUGGCAUAGAAAGUAUAUCUCUUCCUCCACGGCACUGACGAAAUCUUCACGCGUGGGGAUCGCGGUCUAUGCAAGGGUUUGGGUCUUUCAAGAAAUGAGUGCAAAAGUCGCAAUGCUGAAUUUUUCUUUGAGUGCAGCCUUCUUAUGUUUGUCUUUUUUAAUUUAUUUAUAAUGAGACAAUUGACAUCGAUCAACCAUCGCCAUAUUCCGUGACCUAUUUAGUGAUCACCAGCUGUCAGUAUGGUUCGGCCUUUCCGUGCGUUUAAAGCGCAUCAGCGUACCGUUACCAACCACCCUACAUGCGACACUUUCUGCCUUACC